CUGGUGAGCGAGGACCAGGAGUGUGCUGGGUGGCUGGAGGUUUUCUACAACAACACCUGGGGCAGUGUCUGCCACAGCCCCAUGGAAGCUGUGACCUUGUCCGUGAUCUGCAGACAGCUUGGCUGUGGGGACAGUGGGACCCUGGAUUUCUUGGUUCCUUCCAGGGAAGGUUCUAGACCCCGCUGGGUGGAUGGAAUUCGCUGUCGGGAAACUGAUACCUCUCUCUGGCAGUGUCCUUCUGAGCCCUGGAAACACCAAUCUUGCCCUUCAAAUGAGGAAGCUCAUAUCACGUGUACAGAGAGCCCACAGCUCCGCCUGGUGGACGGGGGCAGUCGAUGUGCAGGCAAAGUGGAGAUCCUUCACCAGCAUUCCUGGGGUACUGUCUGUGGUGACAGCUGGGACCUGAAAGAUUCUCAAGUGGUAUGCAGACAAAUGGGCUGUGGAGAGGCCUUCAAUGCCUGGCUCUAUGCACAAGUUGAAGAGGGAUCAAGGCCCAUCUGGCUGACACAGCUGGCAUGCACAGGAGAGGAGGCCUACUUGUGGAAUUGCCCUUCCCUGGGCUGGGGAAAGAACAAAUGUGAGCCCUAUGAUGAUGCAGGCGUCAUCUGCUCAGGAUUUGUGCAUCUGGUUGGAGGACAUGGACCCUGCUCUGGGCGAGUGGAAGUGAAUUCUGGAGGAGAGUGGAUUCCAGUAUCUGAUGGAAAUUUCACAUUAUCCACAGCCCAGGUCAUAUGUGCAGAGCUGGGGUGUGGCAAGGCUGCAUCUGUCCUGGGAAACCUGCCCUUCAGAGAGGACAGUGAACAGGUCUGGGCUGAAGAGUUCCAAUGUGAAGGACAGGAGCCUGGCCUCUGGUUCUGUCCCAGAGUGCCUUGUCCUGGAGGAAGUUGUCCCCAGAGAGGGGCUGUGCAAGUUGUCUGCUCAGGAUAUACAGAUAUUCGGCUCAUGAAAAAUGGCAGCUCUCAGUGUGAGGGUCAAGUGGAGAUGAAGACCUCUGGAGGCUGGAGAACACUCUGUGCCUCCCACUGGAAUAUGGCCAAUGCCAAUGUUGUUUGCCGUCAUUUGGGCUGUGGAGUUGCCAUCUCCACCCCAAAGGGAGCAUACUUUGUGGAAGGAGGAGAUGAGAUCUGGAGAGACCGAUUUCACUGCUCAGGGUCUGAGUCCUUCCUGUGGAAUUGCCCUGUGACUGCCCUGGGUGUUCCUGCCUGUGCCCAUGGAAACACAGCCUCUGUGGUCUGCUCAGGAAACCAGGCCCAGCUACUGCCCCAGUGCAAUGACUCCUGGUCUAACACAGCAGGCUCUGCAGCCUCAGAGCGCCACACUGCCAACUGCUCAGACAGCAGACAGCUCCGCCUGGUGGACGGGGGCAGUCACUGUGCAGGGAGAGUGGAGAUCCUGCUGCAGGGCUCCUGGGGCUCCAUCUGUGAUGACAGCUGGGACCUGAGAGAUGCCCACGUGGUGUGCAGACAGCUGGGCUGUGGAGUGGCCCUGGAGGCCACCAUCUCUGCUCACUUUGGAGAGGGAUCAGGGCCUAUCUGGCUGGACAAGUUGAACUGCACAGGAGAGGAGACCCACGUGUGGCAGUGCCCUUCCCAGGGCUGGGGGCAGCACAACUGCAGUCACAAGGAUGAUGCUGGGGUCAUCUGCUCAGAGUUCCUGGCCCUCAGGCUGGUGAGCGAGGACCAGGAGUGUACUGGGUGGCUGGAGGUUUUCUACAACAACACCUGGGGCAGUGUCUGCCACAGCCCCAUGGAAGCUGUGACCUUGUCCGUGAUCUGCAGACAGCUUGGCUGUGGGGACAGUGGGACUCUGAACUUCUUGGUUCCUCUCAGGAAAGGUUCUAGACCUUCCUGGGUGGAUGGAAUCCGCUGUCGGGAAACUGAUAUCUCUCUCUGGCAGUGUCCUUCUGACCCCUGGAAACACCAAUCUUGCUCUGCAAAGGAGGAAGCUCAUAUCACAUGUACAGGGACUCCACAAGUCCGACUGGUGGAUGGGGGCAGUCGCUGUGCAGGCAGAGUGGAGAUCUUUCAGAAGAAUUCCUGGGGCACUAUCUGUGAUCAGGGUUGGGACCUGAAUGAUGCCCACGUGGUGUGCAGACAAAUGGGCUGUGGAGUGGCCCUUGAUGCCAUGGACUAUGCAAAAUUUGGGGAGGGAUCAGGGCCCAUCUGGCUGGAUGAGCUGAAGUGCACAGGAGAGGAGGACCAAGUGUGGAAGUGCCCUACUGGGAGGCAACACUACUGCUUGCAUGUGAGGGACGCAGGUGUCAUCUGCUCAGGAUUUGUGCGGUUGGAUGGAGGAGGUGGACCUUGCUCUGGACAAGUGGAAGUGAAUUCUGGAGGAGGAUGGAUUCCAGUACCUUAUGGGAAUUUCACAUUGCCCACUGCCCAGGUCAUCUGUGCAGAGCUGGGGUGUGGCAAGGCAGCAUCUUUUCUCUUGGACCUGCCCCUCAGAGAGGCCAGUGAACAGGUCUGGGCUGAAGAGUUCCAGUGUAAGGGGUGGGAGCCUGAGCUCUGGUUCUGCCCCAGAGUGCCCUGUCCUGCAGGCAGCUGCCAACACAGAGGGGCUGUGCAAGUUGUCUGCUCAGAGUACACAGAAGUCAGGCUCAUGAAAAAUGGCAGCUCUCAGUGUGAGGGCCAAGUGGAGAUGAAGACCUCUGGAGGCUGGAUAACACUCUGUGCCUCCCACUGGAAUAUGGCCAAUGCCAAUGUUGUUUGCCGUCAGCUGGGCUGUGGAGUCGCCAUCUCCACCCCAAAGGGAGAGUACUUUGUGGAAGGAGGAGAUGAGAUCUGGAGAGACCGAUUUCACUGCUCAGGGUCUGAGUCCUUCUUGUGGAAUUGUCCUGUGACUGCCCUGGGUGUUCCUGCCUGUGCCCAUGGAAACACAGCCUCUGUGGUCUGCUCAGGUAACCAGACCCAGCUGCUGCCCCAGUGCAAUGACUCCUGGUCUGACCCAGCAAGCUCCACAGCCUCAGAGGGCCACACUGCCAACUGCUCAGACAGCAGACAACUCCGCCUGGUGGACGGGGGCAGUCACUGUGCAGGGAGAGUGGAGAUCCUGCAGCAGGGCUCCUGGGGCUCCAUCUGUGAUGACAGCUGGGACCUGAGUGAUGCCCACGUGGUGUGCAGACAGCUGGGCUGUGGAGUGGCCCUGGAGGCCACCAUCUCUGCUCACUUUGAAGAGGGAUCAGGGCCCAUCUGGCUGGAUGAGCUGAACUGCACAGGAGAGGAGGCCUAUGUGUGGCAGUGCCCUUCCCAGGGCUGGGGGCAGCACAACUGCAGGCACAAGGAGGAUGCGGGGGUCAUCUGCUCAGAGUUCCUGGCCCUCCGGUUGGUGAGCGAGGACCAGGAGUGUGCUGGGUGGCUGGAGGUUUUCUACAACAACACAUGGGGCAGUGUCUGCCACAGCCCCAUGGAAGCUGUGACCUUGUCCGUGAUCUGCAGACAGCUUGGCUGUGGGAACAGUGGGAUUCUCAACUCUUCUGUUCCUCUCAGAGAAGGUUCUAGACCCCGUUGGGUAGAUGAAAUCCAGUGUAGGAAAACGGACACCUCUCUCUGGCAGUGUCCUUCUGACCCCUGGAAACAAAGAUCUUGCUCUGCAAAGGAGGAAGCUUAUAUCAUGUGUUCAGGAAACAGACCCAAGAGCUGUCCAGCCACGGCACCCUGCACAGACAAAGAGAAGCUCCAACUCAGGGGAGGAGACAGCGAGUGCUCAGGGCGAGUGGAGGUUUGGCAUGAAGGAGCCUGGGGCACUGUGUGUGAUGACUCCUGGAGCCUGGCAGAGGCUGAGGUGGUGUGUCAGCAGCUGGGAUGUGGCUCUGCCCUGGAAGCCCCAGGAGAAGCUGCAUUUGGCCCUGGAAAUGGAAGCAUCUGGCUGGAUGAGGUGCAGUGCAGGGGCAGGGAGCCCUCCCUGUGGGCCUGUGCUGCAGCACCCUGGGGACAGAGUGACUGCAAGCAUGAGGAGGACGCUGGUGUGAGGUGCUCUGGUAAAAGGACACGAAUUCACCCCACUCCUAGAAAUAAGUGGUUCUUUUACUCUGAAUCAGGCACCAGUUCAGCCUCAGCCCCUGUCCCUGGCAUCUUCUCCUUACCUGGGAUCCUCUGCAUGAUCCUGGGAGCCCUUCUGUUUCUGGUCCUAAUCAUCCUGGGAACUCAGCUGCUCAGAUGGAGAGCAAAGCACCAAGCCUUAUCCACUUUUGAAGCUGCUGUUGAUGAAGUCCUGUACCAGGAGAUAGAUCACUCAAUAAAUCCAGAAAAUGAGAGCCUGCUAAACAGCCCAGAACCUGCAGGGCAGCAUGCAGAUGCCACCAGUAAUAGUUAUGAUGAUGUUGAAGAGUUACGUGUUUCUGAAAUUCCUUCUUCCUCUGGAAUGAAGGAGAAAACUUUUUUCCCAGAAGAGGGAGGUGGUGCCAGGUAUUCUCAGACAGGCACCUCUCCUCAGUCUCUCAGAGAAGCUGAUAAUUCUAACACAGAAGAGACAGCAUCCUCAUUAGUCCUGAGACAAGAUGACCCUGGAUAUGAUGAUGUUGAGCCUAACACCACGUAGUGCUAUUUUUUAGAGCAACCAAGUCUGCAGAGAACUCUUUAUAUUAUUUCUCCUUAA